UUCAGCCUCUCACAAUCCAAGCUUCCAGCUUCAAGCCCGCUUCUUCUCAACCAUCAAAAUGAAGGCCUUUGCUGUUCUCUCCUUCCUUGCCCUCACCGGCUUCGUUGUGGCUGCUCCUACUGCCGGUUACGGCGGCGAGGUGGCCUACACCCCCCAGACCCCUCAAACUCCCCAGACGCCUCAGACUCCUCAGACCCCUGAGACCCCCAACACCCCGAACACCCCCAAUGCUCCCAACGCCCCCAAUGCUCCCAACGCUCCCAAUGCACCGAACGCUGCCAAUGCCCCCGCGGCUCAGUAUGCUUCUGAGGGCGCUCCUCGGGUCGUGAGCGGUGUUGCUGAAGGCAUCGCCCACGCGUACAAGCGCGGCUACCCCGACGUCAUCGUCGUGCCUGAAGUUCCUACCGUGGCUGGCCAGCAGUCUGGCAGCGCUGGUAGCCACUACCAGAACGCUGGCGGUGCCGGUGGCUCCGAGCAGGACGCGAGCGUCACCAGCGACCACUCCUCCAACAGCCACUUCCAGGCGACCUCCCACAGCCAGAGCGGUGGCAACUGGGGCAGCCAGUCCGGUGGCUCUGGCCAGAACUUUGAGGCCAGCGGCAUUGAGCACUAAGUGCACUCCACACUUUGCGGUGUAUAGUGGCGGGAUGUCUAGCUCUGCUUGAUUGGCCUAGUCACCUCUUUGCUUGAUUGUGAUGUUGUUUUGCGGCUUCCUUGAACCUGUUUAUAGCUUCAAUGUCUCUCCUUGGUACAUAGCCCUAAUUGAUAUGCUUGC